AUGUCAAAUAGUGCACACAAUUCAACACUAACUUCAACCACACCACCGUCCUACAAACUUCGAGCAAGUCUCACACCGACAGAACGGUUAACUACGGUAUUAUAUUUAACCAGUUCGUGGGCUCUAAUACUUGGUUCAUACGAGGGAGGAAAAAAAGCUGGACUACAAUAUUUGGCUGAAAAUGCUCAUAAAUUACCAAAUACCAAAGGAGGAUGGUAUUUUUAUCAUAAACGAAAAAAUUAUCGAAUAGUUAUUGGUGGUAUGAAAAGUGGUGUACGUUUUGCGAUGAAAACGAGUUUAGUAUGUUUAACGUUCACGGGACUGGAAGCUGUUUUUGAUGAAGUUAGGAAAGAAAAUGAUUUUUUGAACUCGUGUGGAGCUGGAAUUACUACUGCCUUGAUCGUUUCAGGGAUAUAUCGAUUGCCGAGACAAAGCGUUAAAUAUGCUUGCAUGAUUGGACUUGGAGUUGGUAUUAUCACUGGUGGUUUACAAGACGCCGUAAAGUUUUAUCAAGGUCAAAAUAUAUGGUAUUGGGACUUGAUAAAAAAAAAAUUGAGUAUUUAG